AUGAGACGACGUGCAGGGGUAGGCGCUAUCCAAAAACAAAAACUAGAACAAGAAAAAUACAAAGACAAAGGCAAUGAAAUUCAAGAGAAUCAAUUUGAGCAAAUGUCCAAGCAAUUGGAUGUUUUUCGUACAAAUUUAGAAGAGUUUGCAACUAAUCACAAACAUGAAAUACGUAAGAAUGCAGAGUUUCGUAAGCAAUUUCAAGAGAUGUGCGCCUCUAUAGGCGUUGAUCCCCUUGCAUCGGGUAAGGGCUUUUGGUCAGUGCUUGGAAUUGGUGACUUCUACUACGAGCUUGCUGUUCAAGUAGUAGAAGUGUGUAUGGCAACAAAUGACAAGAAUGGUGGGCUCAUCAGCCUUAGUGAACUCAGAACCAGGCUAAUAAGAGCCAGAGGACAAGGCAAACAGCAUCAGGAAAUCAGCCAGGAUGAUUUACUCAGGGCAUCAAAGAAGUUGAAAGUUCUAGGGAGUGGAUUCACUGUUGUACCAAUGGGAAAAGGACAAUACAUGGUGCAAUCAGUUCCUGGAGAACUCAAUAUGGAUCACACAGCAGUAUUACAGCAAGCCACCAAUACAAAUGAUGGAUGUGUUUCAGUUGUAUUACUGAAGAAAAACUUACACUGGGAUCAUGAGAGGGCAGAAAGAGCUUGUGAUCAUUUGGUUAAUGAGGGAUUGGCAUGGAUUGAUCUUCAGGAUCCCAAAGAAAAGUUGUAUUAUUUUCCUAGCAUGUUUGCUGCCUGCAUUGAAGCUGAUGCCAGUAAAUCAUAGUAAAAGGGCCAGUUCUUCUUUAAAUUGUAAAUCCAUGGAGCUGAUACGUCGACUUAAAUCUUCCACUUUGGCACUUACUUGUUGGAAGCGUGCAUUGCUCAUUUGAAGAUCAUUUUCUAAUGUAUGAAUCUGUGCAAACAGACUUUUCUUUUCCAUUUCUAAUUUACACAGCUCAUCACUGUGUAGUUGUUUGCUUUUAUCAAUAGUCUCUUGGAAAUGUUUAAGUUGUUGUUUCAGUUGCGCAUUUUUACGUUCUGCGUUUUCCUAAAAAGUUUAAUUAUGUUUAUUAUUAUUACUAAUAAAUUGCUUUAAUACUAACCAAUUUUUCUUUGUUGUGUACAACUUUUCCACUCCACACUUGCUUUUCUUUAUGCACAUUUUUCAAAACUUUGUUUUUACCUUCUUUCAAUUCAUCAAUCUCACUUUGCAACUCUUUGCAUAAUUCAUUUCUCUUAUCACGCUCUAACGUCUUCAGUGCCAAAUCCUCUUGGCAUUUCUUCAAGUCUAAUUUGUAUGAAUGCAGUUUAUUGGCAAACUCUUCUUUCACCACAGAAAUGUCUGAUUUUACUUUACUCUCAGUUUCUUGUACAAUAUCAUUGAUAGUCGUCGUUAAUUUAUUGAUUUCUUCUCUCGCUUCGACUUCUCGUUGCAGAGCUGCAUCUUUUUCGAUAAGAGCUGCUUCUAUGAUGUGACACGCUUCUGCAACUUUUAAUUUGGCAUUAUAAUUUUCCAAUUUUAUUUCUUCAACUCUUUUUAUUUCUUUAGAAAGAUUCAAUUUUAAGUUUUCAUUUGUUUUGGUGAGAUCGCCAUGUUUAAGAUGCGAUUGUUCUAAUUGAUCUGUUAGUUUUUGAAUUUGACACUGUAAUUCUUGCUGAGAUUUGUUCAAAGUUUCUAGUUCGUCCUUUUUGCUAGCCAAAGGGGUUUUAGAAACAUUUGCUGUUUCCAGAAGUUGAUGUUGUGACUCUUUUAAUUUCGAGCGAAGGUUCUUUACUUCAUUUUCAUAAGUUUUCUUCAUCUAAAUCAAUUAUGUACGCAAUGUUAAUUAUUACGGCUCAUAGUUUACCUAAUUAAAAAAUUACCUUACGAAUGAAACUUUUGUUCGCGCUAUCUGAACCAGCGGAAUAGAUUUUGAGUUCAUUUUCUAAAUAGUCGAUUCGUGUCAUUGAUGUUCUCCAUAAUUCCACAACAGAUUCCUUUUCCUAAAUGAAUAAUUAAUUUUUAUUGAAUUAUUAUUACUACCCGUUAUUAAAUAACCUACUUUUAGUGACAAAUUUAA